UCGGUGUGGUUACUUAAUUAAAUCUAAAGCACAUCAAAGCAAUUUUUAAAGAUACUUCUUCGGUCAUAUCAAUCUCAAUUUUAAGUUACUUCUGUUAACGAAGAAGAACCGAAAAUGAAAUUACUAAUACUGAUGUUGUGCUCGAUAGCACUUGUUGCAGCAGAUGUGUCACAUCUUUUUGGACAUGAACACGACCACCACCAUCAUCAUGAACAUCAUGACGAUGACCACCAUCAUCACGAACAUCACGAACACCAUGAACAUCACGAACAUCCAGGCUACAACUACGAACCACCUAACAUACCUUUCGAAUUGCCGAAACCAACAUAUUUGCCGCCUCCACCACCACCGCCACCACCAAAACCACAACCAACUUAUUUACCUCCACCACCACCAACACCAAAAUACAUUCCUCCUCCUCCACCACCACCACCGAAACCAGAACCAACUUAUUUACCCCCACCACCACCAACACCUAAAUAUAUACCACCUCCACCACCAACACCAAAAUAUAUUCCUCCCCCACCACCACCACCACCAAAACCACAACCAACUUACUUACCUCCACCACCACCAACACCAAAAUACAUUCCUCCCCCACCACCACCAGUUCCUACUUACUUACCACCCAAAACAACAAGACCUCCACCACCACCACCACCAGCGCCUACACAAACUUAUUUACCUCCAGUAGUUGUAAAGCCUACUUUCACAAUUCCAGUGCCGUCUUAUGCUGAAAUUUUGGAACCUGAAGUAAACUAUAUACCACCAGCAGAACCUGUCCAAGAAGAAGUCGUAAGCGGUGGCUAUCACUAUGAUGCUCCAGCCAAACCCUUCUUCUUUUAAUUUACGUUUAAGUUAGUUAUGAAUUGGUUACGAGA